AUAAACAAGACCAUCUUUAAUUUGCAUCUCAGAACAUGAAUACCCUUUUCCUUUCCCUCCUAAGUAUUUCAACUCUCCUUUCCCUUUGCCUCUCUGCAGAACUCUGCAACCCCCAUGACAAGAAAGUCCUCCUCCAAAUCAAACAAGACUUCGGCAAUCCUUAUCUUCUUGCUUCAUGGAAAUCAGACGCUGAUUGCUGCACCAGCUGGUACCAGGUCGAAUGCGACUCCAAAACGCAUCGAAUAAUCUCCCUUACCAUAUUCGCCGGCGAACUUUCCGGCCAAAUCCCACCUUCAGUUGGCUACUUGCCUUACCUUGAAGACCUAACAUUUCGCAAACUUACAAACGUUACAGGCCCUAUACAACCCGCCAUUUCCAAGCUCAAGAAUCUCAAGUUCCUCCGGCUUAGUUGGUUAAACCUAACCGGUUCAGUCCCUGACUUUCUCGGCGAUCUCAAGAAUCUUACGUUCUUGGAUCUUGCUUUUAACAGUCUUUCUGGUACAAUACCAAGCUCGCUUUCUUUAUUACCAAAUCUUGAUGCGCUUCAUUUAGAUAGAAACAAGCUUACAGGUCCAAUCCCAGAUUCAUUUGGUUUCUUUAACGGCAAAGUACCUUCUCUUUACUUGUCUCAUAACCAACUUUCUGGUAAAAUCCCUGAAUCUUUAGGUAAAAUGGAUUUUGAUAUCAUUGAUUUUUCUCGUAACAAGCUGGAAGGCGAUGCUUCAAUGCUGUUUGGGCUAAAUAAAAGUACUAUAAUGGUGGAUUUGUCAAGAAAUGUUUUGGAGUUUGAUUUGUCGAAGGUUGUGUUUCCAAGUAGCUUGACGAACUUGGAUAUUAACCAUAACAAGAUCUAUGGUAGCCUUCCAGCUCAGUUAACACAGCUUAAUCUUCAGUUGUUGAAUGUGAGUUAUAAUAGGCUGUGUGGGGAAAUUCCAGUUGGUGGGAAAUUGCAGAGUUUCGAUUACACAAAUUAUUUCCAUAAUCGGUGCUUGUGUGGUGCUCCUCUUCCAAGCUGCAAGUAGGCUAGAAAUCAAAUAUAGUUGCUGUUAAUUAACGGAGUCUAUGCAUAUUAAGUGAACCAUAGACUGAUCUCUAUAAAAAGUUUCUUUGAAUUAAGUGUUUUCGUAUUGUGUCGUUGGUGUUUGUAUUCAAAUUAAUAAAUAAUUUCACAUAGAUUAAUAAA